GAUAACGUUGAAAGCGUACGCGGCGAAUUGGAGCAGACAUCAACAGCACUGAAUUCAAUUAUAUAUUUUACAGUCUCCCUCCAGUCCCACAGUUGCAUUACCAAACCGUUCUUCUGUCUCAGUGAACUGACCCUGUAAUCUCUCUCUCUGCCCAUCGUUGCAACUAGAAGAAAAGCCAGAGACGAACAGAAUACCCUCUAGGGUUUGGAUGAUCUCUCUCUCUCCCCAUUCUUCAUUUUCAGUUCCACAAUGGGAGCUAGUCGGAAGCUACAGGGCGAGAUUGAUAGAGUUCUGAAGAAGGUUCAGGAGGGCGUCGAUCUUUUCGGCAGCAUCUGGAACAAGGUUUACGACACUGACAAUGCAAAUCAGAAGGAAAAGUUUGAGGCCGAUUUGAAGAAGGAGAUCAAGAAACUUCAAAGGUACAGAGAUCAGAUCAAAACAUGGAUUCAAUCGAGCGAGAUCAAGGAUAAGAAGGUUAGUGCCUCUUAUGAGCAGGCUCUAAUGGAUGCUCGCAAGCUCAUUGAGCGUGAAAUGGAAAGAUUUAAGAUAUGUGAAAAAGAAACCAAGACAAAAGCAUUUUCUAAAGAAGGUCUUGGCCAACAACCUAAAACGGAUCCAAAGGAGAAGGCUAAAUCAGAGACGAGAGAUUGGUUGAACAAUGUGGUCAGUGAGCUGGAAUCUCAAAUUGAUAGCUUUGAAGCUGAGAUUGAAGGGCUAUCUGUCAAGAAAGGGAAAACAAGGCCUCCCAGAUUGACACAUUUAGAGACGUCUAUUACACGGCACAAGGCUCAUAUAAUGAAGUUAGAAUUGAUUCUGAGGCUACUGGAUAAUGAUGAAUUGAGUCCUGAGCAGGUCAAUGAUGUUAAGGAUUUCUUGGAUGACUACGUUGAACGUAAUCAGGAAGACUUUGAAGAAUUUAGUGAUGUUGAUGAGCUAUACGACUCUUUACCGUUGGACAAGGUGGAGUCUCUUGAAGAUCUAGUUACAAUUGGUCCUCCUGCCCUUGUUAAGGGUGUGGUAGCCACCAGUGCAGUUUUAAGCCCGAAAAGUUCUCUGACUGCAUCGCCAGCUCAACCACCGGGUGCUGCUUUCCAGGAGCAUGUUGAGGAGACACUUUCCCAGGACACUAAUUCUGAUAUUGCUGCAAGGACACCACCGUCUAAAAGUAGCGGAAUUGCUUCUCCCACUGCAUUAACACCAGCAGGAAGCCAUGCAACUCCAGUUGCUCCAAAUGCUUCAGGCCAUAAUUUGUCCAGUGCAUCAACUGCUUCAUCAAUUAUUACAGGUCCAACAUCUGUUCGAGGUGUCUUGGAAAAUGCAGUUGCUGCUGUUUCUUCAUCUCCAGUAUCUAACACUGCUAAGGAAGAAGAAAUUGCAAGCUUCCCUGGUCGUAAAUCUUCUCCAGCCCUUGCUGAAACUGGACUUGGGGGCACUGGUAGAGGUGGCCUAUCCAUCCAACAUUCGACUAGUAUCACACUUAAUUCUGGCAGUGCAUUUCCCAGCAAUGGAGCCCUUGGCACUGUUCCCUCUGCCUCUGAAAUUGCGAAGAGAAAUAUAGUAGGAGCUGAUGAGAGACUUGGGAGUAGUGGCAUGGUGCAGCCUCUGGUAUCCCCGCUAAGUAAUAGAAUGAUCUUUUCCCAGGUGGCCAAGGCUAAUAAUGGAACUAGCGCAGCUGAUAGUGGCAAUGCUGGUGAGUCUGCAGUUAUGGCUGGCAGGGUUCUCUCCCCUUCCAUGGUUGCCGGUAUACAGUGGAGGCCCGGAAGUUCCUUCCAGAACCAGAAUGAAGCGGGUCAGUUUCGUGGAAGAACUGAAAUUGCACCUGACCAGAGGGAAAAGUUUUUACAGAGAUUCCAACAGGUGCAGCAACAAGGUCCGAGUAACAUUCUUGGCAUGCCUCCUCUCGUUGGAGGAAAUCAUAAGCAGUUCUCCGCACCAAAACAAAACCCGCACUUGCAGCAGGUCAAUUAUCAAAGCUCAUCUCUCUCGUCUCAAGUUGGGUUGGGACUUGGAGUCCAAGCAGCAGGUCUUAAUACUGAUACAUCUACCUCCUUACCGCAACAGCCAAAUUCAGUCCAGCAACAGUCUACUUGGCAGGCAUUGGUGACAGGGCCAAAGGAUGCUGAAGUCGGCCAACUGAAAGUUGAAGAGUUGCAGCUACAGCACACUUUAUCUGAUGAUUCAACCAUGAAAUCUGCUCCCAGUUCUGGGCUUGGCAAGAAUCCCUUGAACGAGGAUGAUUUGAAAGCUUCGUAUGCGUUGGAUACACCUACAGCAGAUUCUGGCUCUUCGACAGAGCCUACCCAAGUUCUAAGGGAUACCAAUUUCUCUCCAGGGCAACCUUUACAAUCCAAUCAACCUUCUGGCAGUCUUGGUGUCAUCAGUCGAAGAAGUGUUUCUGACCUUGGUGCCAUUGGAGAGAGUAUCAGUGGAUCAGCUGUGAAUUCUGGGGGAAUGCAUGAUCAGUUAUACAACUUGCAGAUGCUAGAGGCUGCUUAUUACAAACUUCCUCAGCCCAAAGACUCCGAACGCACAAGGAGCUACACUCCAAUAUGGAAGUCAUUUAAGCACCCUGCAGCAACCCCUCCGUGCUAUCCUCAAGUUCAGGCACCCAUUGUCAAUAAUCCUGCUUUCUGGGAACGAAUUGGAUCUGAUAAUUAUAGCACUGAUACCUUAUUUUUUGCAUUUUACUUUCAACAGAAUACGUAUCAGCAAUAUUUGGCUGCAAAAGAAUUGAAGAAGCAAUCAUGGAGAUACCAUAGGAAAUACAACACAUGGUUCCAACGGAAUGAAGAGCCAAACGUUACAGCUGAUGAAUUCGAACAAGGGACAUAUGUGUACUUUGAUUUCCAUAUUGCCAAUGAUGAGAUUCAACACGGAUGGUGCCAGAGAAUCAAGACUGAAUUCACUUUCGAGUACAGCUAUCUUGAAGAUGAACUCAUCGUAUAGAAUAUGUGCAGAAUCUGUCAACAUUGAUGAUCCAUCAUCAACUUCUGGUUUGUAGCAUGCUAACUUUGCUUGAAGUUUUAUAUAAUAUGUUUUGCAGUUUGCAACUUAGAAAAUUGUCCAUUUUUACUAGGUUUUUUCAAUGGUUAAUGACCAUGUUAAUGAUUAAGUACGGGCAGUAUCUGUACUGUCCCCUGUAGAUCUGACUCCACUGGACUCCCUAUUGUUGCAGUCUUAUGAAGUAGUCUCCUCUCAAAAUUGCUCAAUUUACCUUGUUUUAAUGGUCAGAUUUCUCUUUGCCUUUCUACAGUCCAAACCCAGGAGUAUAUUGCCAUUAUAGCUAGCUGCAUUUUUCAUUCUGCGAGAGGGAUAAGCAGCUAUCGUACACAUGCAAUGCACAUGAUCUGUUCAUUGAGUUAGUUAAAUGAGACGCAGGAAAAUUAUUUAGAUUUUGCCUGUAAUUAUGAAAAAAUGAUAUCGAAACUCAAAAAAUAAAAAAAUAAAAAGAGAAAAAGAAAGAUUUUGAGUUACUCCAUUUCUUAUGAUAUAUGAAUUCAAGAAAUCAAGCUGUCCUCUUUGUUUUUUUCCCCCUUUCUUUUUCCAGAAUUUCAAGAUUAUCUAACAGGUUAUGGAUUGGGACAGGAUCAGAAAAUGGUUAUACCUGGAUGUUUGGAUAAUUUAUUAUGAAAUUGUCUAGUUGAGGGCAUUGAUCAUUUUUGACUUCCUGUUAUGUACUCUUUCAUUCUUUAAUUUCAAAAGGAGAUCUAUUUACAAAGCUGUGUGAAUCCUUCUUCACCAGAGUCAAUUUCAUUCUUUAGUCAAUUGUAUUUUUUUUUACUAGCGUCCAUUUUAUCUUUUUUAUUUAUUUAUUUUUAUUUUUUUUAAGAGACAGGAUUGAUAGUUUGAGAUCACUUCUCUUUAUAAUAAGGAAUUUUCUAUUAUGCAAGUGUAUUCUAGUUUUUUUUUUUUUAAAUAUAUGUAAACUAUUUCUGCUUCUCUCAACAUGCUACUUUUCAUUUGAAAGGAAAGAAAAAAGAAAAUUGGUAUCUAAUUCUACAAGAGGAGCUGCGCAGAAAGAUCUUUUACAUCAUCG